GAAUCUUAUACAAAACCGUUCUUUACUAAACCCUAGGGUUAGAUAACACUCUCUGCCUCCCCCGCCUCGCUUCUCUCUUUCUCAUCUUUACUUCUGCACGAGCAGCACGACACCGCAGCUCAUCUCUCUGUGAACAGAUCCAAUGGCUCCAAAGAAGGACAAGGCUCCCCCACCAUCGUCUAGGCCCGCGAAAUCCGGAGGCGGAAAGCAGAAGAAGAAGAAGUGGAGCAAGGGAAAGCAAAAGGAGAAGGUGAACAACAUGGUGUUGUUUGAUCAAGCUACUUAUGAUAAGCUUCUUUCUGAGGCUCCCAAGUACAAGCUCAUCACUCCUUCCAUUCUCUCUGAUCGUUUAAGGAUCAGUGGAUCACUUGCAAGGAGGGCAAUAAGAGAGCUUAUGGCAAGAGGUUCGAUCAGGAUGGUGUCUGCCCAUGCAAGCCAGCAGAUUUACACCAGGGCAACGAACACCUAAUCUUGUUAUAUUUGCUUAUUAGUUUUUAUGUAGUGGUUCUUGGGUUUGACAGUUACUAUUUUUGUUUCCUCCUAUCUUGUUAAGAGUUUAUGAACUACAAUUUUAGACCUUAAGUAUGUUUUUCUUUAAUGGUAUUCGUUUAGACUUUUUGAAGA